UAAUUAAAGCAUCGCAAUAGAGUCUCCGGUUAGUGACAAACAUAUUUGUUUGGUUAUUUCCUAUAGGUAUCAUUGUUUUUGGACAGCACAGCGCCCCAAUGGUUAGGACAUCUGCCUCGCAGUUGAGAGGCUCUGCAUUUGAAUCUCCCCCGUGUGGAGUUUACAUGUUCUUGUCAUGAUAUGUUUUUGUUGACUUGUUGGUUUUGAUGUCAUGCAGGUGUGUUGUCUGCUUCUUCGGUUUUCAUCUCCACCAUUUCCGGGGAAUCUUUUACAAUUCUGUUAAGCAAAUAUUUCACUGCAGCCACUUGUCCAGGUGUGCCUUGUUGUCUCGUUAGUUUGUUUAGUUCAGCGGGUUUGUUCAAUCUGUGUUGGAUAAUUGUUUCUGCAAGUCCCAUUUCUAGUUUUCAUGAGUUUGCUGUGAUGAUUUACGCUGGCGUCCGAAUCUUUUUUUCACCAUCACCCAAAGAAUCCUGGCAGGUGCUGCAGGAUCUCUGAAGAGCUGCUGUUGCCAGAGUACGUGGAGAAAACCCACUCAAGCAUGGGGAUGUCAUACAAACGCCAAGAGUGGAACCUAGAACUUCUUGACUUUACUCGAGUGCAAGUCACCUUCACUUCACUUGACCUCAACCUAUCUUCUGAAAGUAUCUGACAAAGUCCAGACGGCCACUGUGAAAAGAGGUGCAGCUAAAGCAGGCUGGCAUUUUAUCGCUUAGAUGGCAUGAAGACGGUUCAGGGUGCAAGUUAUACAUCGAACAAAGAGCCUGACCAUCAUACUACCUCCACAUGGCACAAGCGAUGUUUCGAGAAAGCGAGAAGGAUGGGCGCUCAGUUUUAGGAAUGCUGAGAGUGGAGGUGGAAAGGGACCCCAAGACAGGAGCCACAGUUGUUAAGUCGGUGGCCCCCAUGUCCACCCCAGCCAGUGGUCCGCUGGCCACCACUGUCUUUGACGACGGCAGGAAAAGCAUCCAUGCGAUCGGUGGGUCAGGUGAUCAACCCUCAACUGAAGAGCUCACAAAGAAUUUGACUGUUGUCGACGGCGUUGGGAUGCAAGUGAUGCUAGAUGAGCUCACUGUCACCCCAAAUGAAGCAGAAGUCAAAGAAAUGCAGGCUCCUGUGAAUCAGCCUGUGUCUGAAGAGAAUCAUAUGGCGUUACACAGCCAUGCAAGUUCUAACCCGGAAGCUCAAAUGACUACAGAGGUCACUCGUUCGAGUAUGACAUUUGAGGAGGAUGCAAAUGUGAUGGUGGUUAGAGACAAAGCAGGAAAAGAGGUGACCAUGGAGGGUCGCGAUUUGGAGGAAAGCCCGAUCACCCUCGUGUUCUUGGGCUACACCGAUUCUACGACUACCCAAGAAGACCUGGACAUGCUAACUGCAGAGCGAGUGAUUAUUGCAGAGGACGGUGAAGAACACAGUGCUACGGAUCAAGAGGUGGGACAAGAGAGUCAAAGUGUUACGUAUCAGGACAUUUCCCCGGAGGAUAAAGAUCAAACAUCUGAAGUCCAAAAAGAUAAUGCAAAUAAGGACUCAUCCUCACCGGCUGUUGAAGAGCGAAAAGGCCCUUCAAAUAACAAAACCUGUCACUGUUGCUCUGUCAUGUAAGAAUUGGCAAUAUUUAAUUCUACUUGUAUUUUGCUACUCAACCCGAUAGUUAUGCAUUGGACGUUUCUCCCCAUCUGUUCUUACCAUUUAACUCAGGGUAUUAUAAUUUUGUAGGGCUCGAGUAGAUGUGCUCUAGCAGCUUCACUGAGAUCCCUUUAAAAAAAGAAAAAAACACUUUCUCCCCCUAGAGGAGAAAGGCAGGAAAAGCAACAUCCACUGCGCAUGUGCUAACUCGUCAGUCGACUGUGUAACAUCUUUUUUUUUAACCUCCGGACGUUUUGUGGUCCUCGUAACCAAAGGAAUGUUUUACAUUGUAUAAUAAUGACUUGCAGUUUAAUGCAACUUAUACAUUUUGACAUUGUAAAAAUCAAGUUUACGUUUUCAGUUUUAAAUGUAAUAGCUCCAGCUCUAAUCAUCACAGUUCAUAAUAUGAGUAUCAUCAGUUUG